AGCUGCGUACAAAGGCCAAGCGGAUAAUGUGGUGCAGCUUAUCAACAAGGGUGCCAAGGUAGCCGUUACCAAGGUUUCUUUGGGUCUACUUUCUACCCACCACAGAUACUGAGUACAUUGGGAGAGGGUGUGAAACAGCCUUACGUAUAGACUCUGAUCUUUUUCUUAUUCCUGCAUUUGCCAUAUCAUGGCCGGACACCACUACAUCUUGCUGCCAAUAAAGGCCAUCUUCCUGUUGUCCAGAUCUUGUUGAAGGCAGGCUGUGACCUGGAUGUCCAGGAUGAUAUAUUGUUCUUUAAAGUCAUUUUUAAAGACUGAUAAUUAGUGGAAGAAUGACCUUCAGUGGCCUGGAGUGGGAUUAUUAUGAAUUUCAACCUGUGGAAACCAGUUCUUUAGAGUAUGGAACCCCAGGAGCUAAUUCUCUCUUGCUUCCUGCCAAUCCUGCCAAAUCCUAUUGGAGCUCUAACGAGGUCUCUGAUUGGUCCAUGAGUAUUCACACAGAACACACCUCAGAAAUAGUCCAGGACAGAGCGGCUAUGGUGAAAGGCAUCAAGGAAGAGAAAAAUAAAAAAGACCAGAGGAGAAAGACUAGGAAGGAACCUAGAAGAUCAGAGAGAGAAAAGGAGGGGGAUCAGACUGCACUGCACCGAGCUACUGUUGUAGGGAACACCGAGGUCAUAGCCGCUCUCAUUCAAGAGGGGUGUGCUUUGGACAGACAAGACAAGGAUGGGAAUACCGCUCUUCAUGAAGCAUCCUGGCAUGGCUUCAGCCAGUCUGCCAAGCUUCUUGUUAAAGCAGGAGCCAAUGUGCUUGCCAAGAACAAGGCAGGGAACACCGCUCUGCACUUGGCUUGUCAGAACAGUCAUUCCCAGAGUACCCGGGUUCUUUUGCUGGGAGGAUCUCGACCUGACCUCAAAAAUAAUGCAGGAGAUACCUGUUUGCACGUUGCCGCUCGCUAUAAUCACUUGUCCAUCAUUAGGGUUCUCCUCAGUGCUUUCUGUUCUGUCCAUGAAAAGAACCAGGCUGGGGACACAGCUCUUCAUAUUGCUGCUGCACUAAAUCACAGAAAAGUGGCUAAAAUCUUACUGGAAGCAGGAGCUGAUGGGACAAUUGUCAACAAUGCUGGUCAGACUCCACUAGAGACAGCCCGGCACCACAAUAAUCCUGAGGUUGCUCUUCUCCUCACCAAAGCACCACAAGUCUUGCGCUUCAGUCGUGGGAGAAGCCUACGAAAAAAGAGAGAGAGGCUCAAGCAGGAGAGGAGAGCUCAGUCUGUGCCACGUGAUGAGGUGGCCCAGAGCAAGGGAAGUGUCUCAGCAGCAGACACUCCCAGCAGUGAACAAGCCACUCAAAAGAAAGGAGAGGCCAAAGAGGAAUUCUACUCAGCAUCUCCAGAGCCCCCAGCAAAGAAUAACCGAAAGAAAAAGCUGAAACAAAAGGUAUCUGCAUUCUCUGACCCCACCUCACCAGCAGACCAGCAGCCUAUUCCUGGGCACCAGAAGAACUCACAUAAUCACCCCAAAAAAAGGAAUAAGCAUCGUUGCUCAUCUCCCCCACCCCCUCAUGAGUUCAGAGCAUACCAGCUGUAUACAUUGUACCGUGGAAAGGAUGGAAAAGUUAUGCAGGCACCAAUAAAUGGAUGUCGCUGUGAACCACUGAUUAAUAAACUGGAGAAUCAGCUGGAGGCAACCGUUGAGGAAAUAAAGGCAGAGUUUGGAACUGUGCAGGAUAAAAUGAACACAAAACUGGGGCAGAUGGAAAAUAAGACCCAACAUCAAUUACGAGUUCUGGAUAAGUUGAUGGCUGAGCGGCUAUCAGCAGAGAGAUCAGAGUGUCUGAACCGUCUGCAGCAACAUACUGAGCUGGAGAAGCAUGAGGGAGAAAAACGACAGGUGUCCCUAGUGGAUGAAUUGAAAACAUGGUGUAUGUUAAAGAUUCAAAACCUGGAGCUGAAGCUUUCUGGAGAUUCUAGAGCCUCCAGGCCUAAAUCAACCCCAUCUACUUCUGAAUCCCUCACAGGUGCAGACCAAUCAGUGGUGACCACUACCAGUCCAGCCACUGCUUCUGCUAUCCCUCCUCAGGUUGUCAGGCCCAAGGAAAAGGCACUUAGUAGUUCUACUUCUUCCAACAGACUACAGCAGGAACCAGCAUCAUUAGACUGUGGGAACUCUAAACUGAGACAUGUGAAGGUACAGACAGCUUUAUUGCCCUCAACUGAAGCAAUUAAAUGUGAGCACCAGGCUGGUCACUGCAUGGACAAAGGAACUCAAACAAAGAAGUCUGGGAAAAGUGGGCAGACAAGGCAUAGGCCCCAGCAGCAUGUAUCAACACAUGUACCUGGCAGUACAUGCACCCAGCAACACCCAGCAGACCACCAGGCUGGCCCUCCCAUUCGAGAUACCUCCCAAGCUCUAGAAAUUACCCAGUAUUUUUUUGAGGCUGUAUCUACACAAAUGGAAAAGUGGUAUGAGAGAAAGAUUGAGGAAGCCCGUUGCCAAGCUAAUCAGAAAGCACAGCAAGAUAAGGCUACACUAAAAGAACAUAUUAAGAGUUUAGAAGAGGAACUUAGUAAGCUAAGGACUAAAAUACAAAAGGAAAGUUAGCACCUGGGCACUGAGGUGUUAAAGUACUUUGGAGGAUUUCUGAUUUUGCUAUGAACAGUAGCUGGGAUUGAAAUGUUCUUCCUGGUGCACAAAGACUUGCCUUUAAACACAAACAUACACAUACAAUACUUAAUUUCUGAAAUGUGAUCAUUAUGUGACUUUUGUGCCCUGAAUUCUUAUUGUUGAAGUUCUCCUACCUGAAACCAAGAGGAGUAGUAUCAAGUUUCAUCACAAAGGCCAAAACUCAGUUCAGAUUUAUGGGAAGUUUUCAGUCCUGGAUUGAGUGGGCCAGGCUAAGAAGAUUGUUAAA